CCAGCCAACAACAUAAUCGGUCAAUGACUGUCUCUUGCUAUUGAAAAUAAAUAAUAACUAAACUGAAUGCAAGUGAGUGGGGGGAGAAAAAUAUAUUUUAAUAAUUGAAUGUAGGGAUGGCCUUGGCAUGGGGAAUUAUUAGGCUUGGUUGUUAGUUAGCUAUGUAGAAUAGUUGAAGUCAGGAAAGGUUUUCAAUCAAGGAAUGUCUGUCACUCUCUCGGUGUCUUCAACUGGCUAGACCUAGCUAGAUAACGUUAGAUAGCUAGCUAAACGGAUUAUACUAUUAAUUAAUAAACUGGUGCAGGCUCAUCUUUGGCCAGGGAGACAUGUCUCUGAGUCUGAGACACCACACCAGAGGCAUAGUGCAGCAGGACAAUGCUAACUAUGAAGUUUGUGCAGGGGAUGCAGACUCAAGCUGCUCCUCAGGCCAGUCCACCCUGUCCAGGUCAAGCAGGGGAUACAGCAGUAGGACAGUCAGCAGGGAAGACUCUCAGGGGUCAUGCACCCAGUCAGACUACGAGGAGGAGGCUGACACUACUGCAAAUAGGACCUUUGCCCUCUCACCAAGCAAGAAGCCAGGUCUUGGCACGAUGACAGCCAAAGCACUUACGCAAAACAAGAGAGGGCAGUGGUGCAAAAAUAAGAAAAACACUGAUUCAAGGAAACGCAAGGCCCCUCUCUUCCCUCCAAUCAAGCUCCUGGAGGGCCCAAACCAGCGCAUCAGGUCUGCCCACAGGCACCGCAUUAAGGAGCUCAACAGCCAAGUGUGGGAGCUACAGCAGCAGCUGAGUGGUGUCUCCACAGAGAACAAGCUGCUGAAGCAGCUCCAGGGCCGCCACAUGCUGGCGCUACAGCACUUCCAGGAUUCACAGAGUGGCCUUCCCCAGGUCCUGGCCAAGCACGGCAGCGAGGUGCGCGGUCUGCAGGAGCUCCUGCGCAAAGCCCGCAUCCGCCGCAACAGUCUGUCCAGGCAUCUGAGGGGCACGGAGGAGGAGCUGCUGCGCACCAAGGAUGCUCUGCAUCGGCUGCAGCUGCUCAGCGAGGACCGCAGCCUGGAAGAGAGGGAAGAGCUGAGCCACAGGCUGGCCCUGAUCACUGUGGACCUGAACAGGAAGAACAAGAGGAUACAGGACUUGGAAAGAAAUCUUGAGCUGAGACAGAUAUCCUUCAAUCGCCAUCUUGCCACAGAAACAAGGAAGACCAAUGAGGCCAGAGAGCUGUCUGAUUACCUCCAGGCACAGAUCAGUUUGUCGACCAAAAAAAUCAAAGAAAAAGAGAGAGAAUUGGAGAUCCACAAUAUCUACUCACAUAGAUUUCCAAAAGGCUGGAACGGAAAAGGGGCAAGAGAAACUAAAUCUGUUCAAACAGAUGACUUAUCCUCUCUCCCCAUCGAGGCUCCAUGCCAACUUGAACUAGAAUAUGCCAGUUCACUUGAACAUCUGGAGUUGGAGAAGCAGAAGAGUUUGAGCUGGGAGUCCUUUGCCAUCGACUUCACAGACAGAAGUGACGCAGCAGACACGUCAGUGGAUGACAGAGGAUCAAAAGAUAAUGAAGACUAUGCUGAGGAUGGAGAGUUGGAUGGUGGUUCUGAGGAGGAUCCACAGCUUCAGGGUGAGGAGAAUUGCCUUGCAGAGAAGGCAGCGAGUUCCCCAAAGGCUUCAGGAGAGCAAACAGAGCCAUUUGAAAGCCAGGUCCGGUACACUCCGGAGGACUUUCUUAAUACAGAACGUGCCAACAAGGCCCUUGAAUCCUCUCCCAGGACCAAGCGCCUCUACAAAUUCAAAGAAACCAUCCAGAACCUACACAGUGGAAAGCCUGCCUAUACCAGCCAUACCCACAGCCUGAGAAAGAGCCCUCCUAGAUACAUCAAGAGCCAGGCCAGGGUGGAGAACCUGGGGUCUGGGGCGUAUGAGCCCUCCUUUGUCACUAUACCAGCAGACACCACGGGCCCUCAACCGGAGGAAGGCGUAGUCCGCAGCAAGAAGAGCAGCUUGAUGAAAGAGCUUUUCGGCCAGGCCCCAAUCACUGAUCCAAUGGCCAUGCAGAAAGGCAGAUCCAGAGUUCAAAGCACGGACCUGGACAGAAUGUCAUCUUACCAUACAGGAGACACUAGCCCGGUCUCACCUGGGAGAGAGACCAAGAUCAUUUUUGAUUGACCCAAGAACAAUACAAAAUGAUAAUCUAUUUUCAUAAGUUGAUUAUUUUAAUAAAUCUUUCAUCUGCCAUGGCAACUCAA